ACAUCCCAAUGGUUAUUAGUAUUCCCCAAAUUAAAGGCCAAUAAAGAAGACAACCCUCCAAAUCUUUCGUUUUGUUUACAUAUAAGACUGUUUCUUUACAGCGAGAGAGUAUUGACAAAGCAAACGCAUUUCAAGCUUCUCAUACCCAACUAAUUAGUAAUUACACACUCUUCUUGUUGAUUCCAAUAAUCAAUUUCACCUAGAACUAUUGCGUUUUGUGGAGUCGAUCACACCAAUAUAUAUAAAGAUUAUUCUGUUCUUGAUUGAUUCCUCCGAUCUUGUGAAUGUGGGUUCUUUUGAGAUUCUUCAUACCCUUUUCGAAAUUUUGAAUAAUUUAUUUCACCGAUUGAAUGAUCAACGACGAAUCUUUCUAGAUCUAACCCCACUGUAUUAUAAUCGUAUCACUGAAUGCAGAGUUCCAAUUGGGGGAUUUCGGGUUUUUCAAUUGAUGCGGAGUUCUUGUAAACUCCAAUUACAAAUUUUGCCAUAUAAUGCCAGCCUUGAAUCAAGAAGAUAUGAGCAGUCAUUUGGGGACAUUUGGGGAUGAUAACAGAAGGAAUCGAGUUAGAUCUUUGAAGAAGAAAGCAAUGGUAGCAUCAACAAGACCUUUAAAUGCACUCAAACCAAGAAGUAAUAUGCGUGUUUCAAAUUGCCAGUUUGCUUCAAUUUCAAUAGAUGAUGUUAGAGAUGAAGAGGAAGAGAAGGUAGUGAAUGCUUUUCGCCAAAUCUUGAUUGAAAAAGACUUACUUCCUCAUCGUCAUGAUGAUUACCACACGUUAUUAAGAUUCUUGAAGGCAAGGAAAUUCGAUAUUGACAAGGCAUUUCAAAUGUGGACUGAAAUGCUCAAUUGGAGGAAAGACUUUGGCGCUGAUUCUAUCUUAAAGGAUUUUGUAUAUAAUGAAUAUGAAGAGGUUCAAAGCUACUAUCCACACGGGUAUCAUGGGGUAGACAAAGAGGGACGACCUAUUUACAUUGAAAGACUAGGAAAAGUGGACCCCACUAAGCUUAUGAAUGUCACAACAGUUGACAGAUUUUUAAGGUAUCAUGUACAAGGUUUUGAGAAAGCUUUUUCCGAGAAGUUUCCAGCAUGUUCUGUUGCUGCUAGAAGACAUAUAGAUUCUUGCACAACCAUAUUGGAUGUUCAUGGCAUGAAUUGGAUGAGUUUUGGAAAAGUUGCACAUGAUUUGGUUAUGCGGAUGCAAAGAAUAGAUGGAGAUAACUAUCCUGAGACGUUACAUCAAAUGUACAUUGUUAAUGCGGGUAACGGGUUCAAGUUAUUGUGGAAUACAGCAAAAGGGUUUCUUGAUCCAAGAACAACAUCGAAGAUACAUGUUCUUGGCACCAAGUAUCAGAACAAGUUGUUGGAAGUUAUUGAUUCAAGCCAAUUGCCCAGUUUUCUUGGUGGAACAUGUUCAUGCCCUAAUGAAGGUGGAUGCUUGAGAUCAGACAAAGGUCCUUGGCAUGAUCAAGAAUUGAUGAAGCUAAUUAGCACGGAAGAUUCAGAUAAAAAUGGUAGAUUUUAUGACGAUUCUAAUCUAGAGGUGAAGUCAAUUGUUUCUGAGACCACAAAUCGUGAAGUCUCCCAUGACUCUGUAUUCCAAACCCGUGUUCCAAGAAGAUCAAUGUCUCUCCAUCUAAGGAACUCGGUAAACAAGCCACCUGUUUCCAAUAAAACAAGAGUUGAUCGAGUGGUUUCCAAUACUCAAAUUGAUGCUACUCCAAGAACAGAUGAAGUGACACGAACAAGAAGGAUGGAAGAAGAAUCAACUGUAAAGAAAGCUUUCGGAUUUAUAUAUGAAGUUUUAGUGUAUACGUUUCUUCUUAUUUUUGGGUUGUUGAAACUUUUAGCAACAAACAUCAUGAAAGUGUUAAAAACCGAGGAAACUUCUUCACCCCAAUUUGUGAAUGAUUCAAGUCGUUUGGAAAAGGAAAAAGAGCUUUUGCAUCCGUGUGAGGAGAAAUUGAAAAAACUUGAAGCAAUGGUGGCUGAGCUUUCAAGUAAACCUUCUAGAAUCCCACAAGAAAAAGACGAAAUGCUUGUUGAAUCGAUGAAUCGUAUACGAUGCAUGGAGUAUGACUUGCAAAAAACAAAAAAAGCUUUAUUUGCAACGGCUUCAAAACAAAUGGAACUUGAGGAGUCAAUCGAGACCCUAAGAGGGGAUACGUUAAAUAAAACAAAUUCGUGUUGGGUGAGACGUACAAAAUCAGCCUCGAGUGGAAGAUGGCAGUGAUCAAUGAUCAUACUUACAAUACUUACAUACACAAAAAUGUGAUAGAAAAAUACAUAUUUUUUCUUGGGAUUUUUGAUAAAUUCAAAGGCAAAUAUCGUUGAAGGUUUUCUAUUUGGUUCUUUAAGCCAUAUAUGAAUACUUGUUCAUAGAUAGUUUACAUAGAAAGAGAUAAUUCGCCAAGAAGAACAUGUCGACAGGAAUGAAUAGGUUGAUGUGUUGUUUAUGGCGAAAAUGAUUACUUUUUCAUUUUAGAAUGUAAUGUUCCAAGAAGUUUAUAAUUCAUAAUGAUAAUGAUUCGAUCCAUGAUUGAAGACA